AUGGGACUUUGGGGUACCAUGAACCAAACAAAACGACUGCAAGUUUUCCAUAAAUUUAACAACAAAACAACGGGUGCUGCGAUGAUCGCGACCGAUGUGGCUAGUAGAGGUCUGGAUUUUGCACGCGUGGAUUGGGUCGUUCAGUUGGAUUGCCCGGCAGAUGUUGAUGACUACAUACACAGAUCAUAUGGUCUUGCUAUGGCACCGCGAGUCCGAUUUCUCAGGCGUACUGAAAAACGUGCUGUGAAAUCUGGUCAGAGAAGCGAAAAAACUGCCGACGAGCUCCUAGAAAUGAUGCUUGCCAAGCGGGAGCAAAAGUCGAAGAUUAAACCCGACGAUGAUUUGGGAUGGAAUGAAAUAGAAAAAGGACAGGGAACAAGUGGCGCUGACUUCGACAACGAUGAGACGGAGCUAGGAUUAGGCACAAGCAAAGAGGGAGAAAAUGAUGUGUGCCGAAGAUGGGAUGAUUUCGGCGAGAAUAAAAAGGACGAGGAAGAGGAUGAAUUGUUGAAAUUGUCGCGUCGAGAUAUCUUUAAUAUGCUUGACGACAAGGUUUUCAACUGA